AUGGCCUCGGCUUUUUCUGUCUUUGUUGACUUGGUGGGUAUUUAUACCCCACCGUCGGUGGUUCAUUUCCGAGUUCAUAUCAAACUAUUGCCUCUCAAAAACAAUGCCACAAGUAAUCCGGGUGUAGGUGUUAAAGAACAGGCUACACAACAGCAGCCGAGAAGACGUUUUAGCCUAGUAAGAUGUGUGGCCACUUGCUUCAUAGCCCUUAUUGUUCUUGUUGGUCUAGCCGUGUUGAUCGCUUGGCUAGUCGUUAACCCAAAAAAGUUUGUUUACACACUUGAAAGUGGUUCAGUCCAGAAUUUCAACCUAACCAACAACCAUCUCAAUGCCACAUUCGAUUUUGUUCUUAGGGCACAUAACCCUAACAGAAGACUCUCUGUCUACUAUGACCACAUCGAGUCCACGGUGAUAUACGAAGACCAAACCAUCGCAUUCAACACGGUCGAUCCCUUCUUCCAACCUCAUAGGAAUGUCAGUCGAGUCAAAUCUAAACUGAUGGCUCUAAAUUUGGCGAUGUCACUGUCAACAUCUAAAGAUCUCAUGAUUGAAAAAACGUCAAGGGAGAUUCAAGUUGAUGUUCAUUUUAAGACAAGGAUACGGGUCAAGGUUGGUAUUUGGAAGUCCAAUCAUCGUACUCUAAGGAUUGUUUGUUACUCGGUGAUGGUACAUUUAACUCGGUACAAACAUUUUAACAAAGUACCAUGUGAAACAGAACUUUAG